AUGGAUGGUGAAGAUAUAUAUAGUCAUCUACGUGUUGCCUCGUUCUCUUGUUACCUUGAUUCUGCAGAAGAAAGUUUUGUGCCCGAGCUCACUGAAGAAUUUCCAGUUCCAUUUUCUCCUGUAGAGUCUCAUAAUGACUCAAAUGACAAGAAUGGAGUUUGCACGAGGUGUUCCACCAUUUUGGCUUGUGAAGGGACUUGUCUAGAGAAGCAAGCUGAUCGGGGCUUACAUGGAAUGAUUCAGCCUCAACCUGGAAAAAAGAAUGCAGAACAAUUUUCAUUUCCUGUUCUCAACUUGAGGAAAGAAAAUCCGAAAGGGAAGAAGCAUGUUAUUGCAGAAAUAGGACUUCAAGGAGCCACACAGAACUCAGUUGGCUCUGGAAUGACCAAAAAGGAUGAUAUAGCAGUGAAAUUGGCAAGAAAGCUCUCCAGGCUGACAUGGGAUGCAAUUCCAAAUACUCAGAGCAGGAGCCUCAUACCAGCUUCCUCUGGGAGCAGUUCCUGGUGUGAUGACACUGCAAGUGAUGAUAGUUCAGAUUUGUUUGAGAUCGAGAACACCCCGAGCACCAGAUGUUCCAUGUUGUCAAGGCAAGAACCUUCUGCAUUAAGCAAGACCCAAAAUUCUGCUGAUAAGCCAUUAACUGUCGAAACGAGCUCCACCAGUAGAACCACCAAGCCAAAAGAUUCAUGCAAGUUAAGAAGUGGAGCCCUUUGGCUGUUGGGUUGCAAGAGUAGCCAUGCAGUUAGAAUUGAAGAAAAUACUGUCAGAAUCAGGGAGAGUGCAAAAGGUGGCAGAAAGUAA